GAUGGUGAGGGGUUGGCCAUGCUUGGUGCCCUGUGUCCUUGUGAGCUGCUGGUGCGUGCUCUCUACCGCCCUCCCGACCUCACACCCCCACCCAGAUGAACCCGAGUACUUGGUGAAGCGUCAAGCAGGGGCGCCCAAUGAGUCCAUGCUGCGGUACAUCUUGAUGGCCAUGUCUAACCCUGUAGGACGUUACCAGUCCCCGCAGCUCCUGAAUCGAGGUGUCAGGAGGAUUGGCUCAGAGUUCCUUGGCAAGAGAUCCGCUGGAAAGCUCACGAACAUAGACACAUUGCAAGGCUUUGAGAGCGAAAACUCCAGCAAUGAUGACGAAGCCAAAAACGAAGAGCUAAAGAAGGAGCAGUUCAGCUACACUGGACAAUAUGACUACGAGACAGGUGCUGACGAGAACCCCAGCAUCUAUGAGGAUUUAUUAAGUGCGAAAUCCAAAAGACGUGCUCGAAGUUUCAACGCAGAUGGCAACCAUGAUGGAUUGAAAGACUUUUUCAGCAUGCUCAUGUCAAAGAAAAUGGGAUCAGAAUUUUUAGGAAAAAGAAUGGGUUCAGAAUUCUUAGGGAAGAGGGCAAUGGGUUCAGAAUUCCUAGGAAAGAGAGCUGUCGGUUCAGAAUUCCUAGGAAAGAGAGCUAUGGGUUCAGAAUUCUUAGGAAAGAGAGCUAUGGGUUCAGAAUUCCUAGGAAAGAGAGCUGUGGGUUCAGAAUUCCUAGGAAAGAGAGCUGUGGGUUCAGAAUUCCUAGGAAAGAGAGUUGUGGGUUCAGAAUUCCUAGGAAAGAGAGCUGUGGGUUCAGAAUUCCUAGGAAAAAGAGCUGUGGGUUCAGAAUUCCUAGGAAAGAGAGCUGUGGGUUCAGAAUUCUUAGGGAAGAGGGCUAAAGCAUCAGAAUUUGAAAGGAAAAGAGCAAUGGGUUCAGAAUUCUUAGGUAAAAGAGCUAUGGGAUCAGAAUUUUUAGGAAAAAGGGCUAUGGGUUCAGAAUUUCUUGGCAAAAGAGCAAUGGGAUCUGAAUUUUUAGGAAAAAGGGCAAUGGGCGCUGAAUUCUUGGGAAAACGAGCAACAGGUUUAGAGUUUUUAAAUGAGAGAGUAAUGGGAUCAGAGUUGCUAGGAAAGAGAGCCAUGGGUUCAGAAUUUCUAGGGAAAAGAUAUAUGGGAUCAGAAUUCUCUGGAAAAAGGCAUUAUGAACCUGCAUUCAUGCAUGCGUUAAUAUAUGACCCAAAGAGAGCAGUAGGUUCAGAGUUCCUUGGCUGAAGAGAUUUCUCGAGUACUAAGAGAUUUUUCAAGGGUUGAAGAAGCGAUUUCAUUCCCAGUGACAUUCAGAUGGGGAAAGCAGUUAUUUAUGUUCACUGUAAACGAUUCAAUUUCCUUGAUGCAUUUUAUUAAAGGAAUUAAAGUUUGUCAUGAAUAAUAUAGCUUACUUACUCUAUUACAGUUUACCAACAGUCCCUUUAUUUCACAAAAGGUCUCCAUGUUAGUUAGAUCACUCGGCAUACAGAGGAGGGGUGGCGAGUGAUAACUAUCUAACAACUGGGGAAGAAUCAAAAUCUCUAGCACAUAUUUUCUAAACACAACCUAAAUCUAUUGAUUCCUGUAAUAGUAUAAGAACUGUAAACUAUAAUUACAUACAUUUCAGUAAAAAAGAAAGGAAUGAUAAAACAGUAUAUUACAUGGAAAUUUCUUUAUAACCGAGAUUGAUAUUUUUCAUAUUUUGAUCUUCAUGCUGUAUUUUGUGAAAUUCGAAAAUGAGCAACAUUUUUAUUUCUGGGUAUCUUAUUCUGAUUUAGAGUUUUAAACAUUCCCAUUGAUAGCAUAGCACUAAGAAGUAAAAAGCAGUGGUUGCUGAAUUCCCAUCUCUAUGGACCCUCGACUCCCAUCAUCACGGACCCUCGACUCCCAUUGCCACGGACCCUCGACUUCCAUUGCCAUGGACCCUCGACUCCCAUUGUUACGGACCCCUGACUCAUCGCCACAAACCCUCGACUCCCAUUGCUACAGGCCCCUGACUCAUCACCACGGACCCUCGACUCUCAUCGCCAUGUGCUGUCGUCAUAUCAAGCAAUAACAAACAUUUUGUUUUCAUGUCUUGGAUUUUUGUUAUUGUUCAAUAAAUGGUAUUUGUUGAUAGUGGAUUCUGAACCUUUAAAUUAAAAAUCUUUCAGUUCAAACUAGCAAGUUCGUUACAUAUAAUUGUUAUCACUGUUUAUAUAGCACUUCGAUAAUAACACAAAUAUUUAUUAAACAAAAGCAAAAUUACACAUUAAACAGGCUAAAAAUUCUAAAGUAGUAACCAAACAUGUAUUUCAUGAAUUUAUAAAGAUUAUUAAUCUGCUCAUAAGACCAGCUUGAUUAUGACAAUUGUGCAUCGUUUGGACGGAAGACGCCCAGAAGAACCACAUAUUAUGCCCUCUGAGGCAGCAAUUUUGUGUCAAGUGGAUGUUAGUAUGACAAUCCCAACAAUGCAUUUACAAAUUGAAUUAACAAGGAAAAUAUUCACUUUACAAUAUCUUUAGUAAAGUGAUCAAUAUGUGGUACACUUUUGUGUUAUUGAGCAAAGGUAAUGCAUCUUAUUUGGAAC